AAAGAAGCUUGUCAUUAGUGUGAAGUUGUGUUGAGACUUCAAUGUGAGUAUGUGAGACUUCCUGAUAAGAAGUCGUUAUAUAACCUAGCUAAGUCAUCUUCGCAGCAUCAGUUCAUUACCAAAAAUGCAUACUUUUGGAACGCUAACCUUGCUGCUGCUGGUCCUAAUCGGAAUUGCUUCUGCGCAGCAACUAAUCGAUAGUCGAAUUGGUGAGGAGUCCGUAAGAUCGUGCCGGGAAACUUCCGUGUCCGGCGUUGUGACCAUCAAGCUGAACGAAUCCGUUUCGUUCCAAGCCGUCUGCGUUCAACGGCAUCGCCAGUUUGGCGAUGGCUGGAUGGUGAUCCAGCAGCGAACUGAUUUUAUGCUAUUCUACCAAAAUUGGGCCGCUUAUCGUGAAGGAUUUGGAUACUUUGACAGGAGCUUCUGGCUCGGGCUGGAGAAGGUCUACCAGGUCACCGCGAGAGCACCCCAUGAGCUGAUUGUUGAAUAUCAACCUGUUAGUGGUCCGCGGCUGUACUCACAAGCUGCCAGCUUUGUCAUUGGUAGUGAGUCGGAAAAAUAUGCUCUGAAGGAGCUUGAUAGCUAUAGCGGAACUGCUCGUGACUGCAUUACGGGGAGUAAAGGAGCGGAAUUUUCAACAUUUGACGAAGAUAACAAUAUAAAUGGGGAUUCUAACUGUGCCGUUACAUCCCAAGGAGCAUGGUGGUACACGAGUGAUUGUUCCUUCGAUCCAAAUGGAAUGUAUUCAAUGAUGCCUGGACAAAAAGCCAAAUGUCUUGAUAUAAAUCUCCAGUAUGUUAGAAUUAUGAUUCGUGAAAUUUCCUAGCAUUACCCGUCGAGAUUGCUGAAGUAAAUAAAAUGUAAUAUAGAGCAAUUCCAGCCCAAAACAGUAAUUUUUUGGGUACUUUUUUUUCGACCCUCUCCGAUUUCAAUGAAACUUUGUUGACAUGUUAUCCUAGGCAUAUAUAAGCCAUUUUUGUGUAUAUGGAGCCAGUUACACUCGAUAAUGCCAUUUGAGAAGGGCGUAAGUGUUUUAAAUAUUUUUGUAUUUCGUAAUUUAAAUAUUGCUGUAUCUCGAAGCCGUUGCAUCGUAUCAAAAAGUGGUCAAAGACAAACUUGUAGGAAAUUUGACGGGCUUUCCGAAAAAAAUACACUGAAAGAAAAAAACAUUCCACUUUUAUGAGAUUUUUUGAUAUUUAAGUUUAAAAGUCAAAUUUGAAGGUGAGCCCACGAUUUUUUUUCGUUCAAAUUUUUUGUGAAAAUAGCCUAAAAUGUGACAAAAAUACUCACGAAAAUGCAGGAUGGAGCAACUAACCUAAAAAAAUACAAAAAUCAUUUACUGAAACUGUUUUUUUGAAAAGUGCUCUAAACGUCAAAAUUUUCAAAAUCCGAGUACGGGAAUCGAUUCUCCAAACAAUUUUAAAUAAAAGUCUCCAUAUUGACCAUUGUCCUAAGUUCAAUCCUUGUGAAGUUACAGCGGUUUUAAUAAUAAAAAUGUUGAAAAAAUAGGUUUUUUAGUGGUUUUUGGCAAUUUCUAUAUGACAGACUUGAUUUUUCAGUCUCGAAAAUAUUUUUAACGGAAAGCUCGUCCAAUUUCCCACAAGUUUGUCUCUGACCACAUUUCAAUUGGAUGUAAGGGCUUACAGAUAUAAGCUAAUUACAUUGCUCAUAACUGAAAACAUAAUAUUUUUUCAGUGUAGUAUAGUAACCUGGAUAGUAAAUUAGCUUAUAUCUGUAAGCCCAUACAUCCAAUUGAAAUGUGGUCAAAGACAAACUUAUGGGAAAUUGGACGAGCUUUCCGGUAAAAAUAUUUUCGAGACUGAAAAAUCAAGUCUGUCAUAUAGAAAUUGCCAAAAACCAUCAAAAAACCUAUUUUUUCAACAUUUUUAUUUUUAAAACCGCUGUAACUUCACAAGGAUUGGACUUAGGACAAUGGUCAAUAUGGAGACUUUUAUGUAAAAUUGUCUGGAGAAUCGAUUCCCGUACUCGGAUUUUGAAAAUUUUGACGUUUAGAGCACUUUUCAAAAAAACAGUUUCAGUAAAUGAUUUUUGUAUUUUUUUAGGUGAGUUGCUCCAUCCUGCAUUUUUCGUGAGUCUUUUUGUAACAUCUUAGGCUAUUUUCACAAAAAAAUUGAACGAAAAAAAAUCGUGGGCUCACCUUCAAAUUUGACUUUUAAACUUAAAAAUCAAAAAAUCUCAUAAAAGUGGAAUGUUUUUUUCUUUCAGUGUAUUUUUUUCGGAAAGCCCGUCAAAUUUCCUACAAGUUUGUCUUUGACCACUUUUUGAUACGAUGCAACGGCUUCGAGAUACAGCAAUAUUUAAAUUACGAAAUACAAAAAUAUUUAAAACACUUACGCCCUUCUCAAAUGUCAUUAUCGAGUGUAACUGGCUCCAUAUACACAAAAAUGGCUUAUAUAUGCCUAGGAUAACAUGUCUACAAAGUUUCAUUGAAAUCGGAGAGGGUCGGGUACAACCGAUUCCCUAUUUGACAUGGAAUUGCUC